AGGCAGGCUCGGCGUAGUGACACAGGUUGGCCGCCUGAGGGUGCCCCAGUCCUGCUCGCGGAGCCUGGAGACAGUGGGAAGCCUUGGAAACGAAUGUCAGGCUCAGACUCCUAGAACCAGAGAACGUUGAGAAUAGAGCAUCAUAGAAGGCUGAGAACAAAGCCCCUUAGAACGUAGAACAAAGGCCCCUGGAAUGGAAGAAUGAUGAGCAUACAACCUCCUAGCACCUGGGAGACAAAAGCUGCUUAGACUCUCUUCUGGUCAAAGCAUAGAAUCUUCCACCCAGGGUCUUAUAAUUCCAGAAUUUGGAAUGCAAUGGAUCUCAGACUCUUAGCAGCAAGACCGGCUACAUAUUUGGCCUAGUGCAAAGUGAAAAUAAGGGGCCCCAUGCUCAAAAACUAAAAAUUUCAAGACAGCAAUUGCAGAACAUUCAACCAAGCGCGAAGACCCUUCUAAGCGGAUUCCAAGCCGGUGAAGCCGGCCCUACGUAGAAACAAUUUUAUCGGAGGACGUCCGUCUGGUUUUACAGCUGAGUGUCUGGGAAGGCUUCUUGGAAGAGGAGGCGAAGUCAGGGCUCGACCCCCUAACCCUUUUCUCCCCCUGCGCAGCCUCAGAAGCUGAAGGCUGGGCGGGGUGGGGGGAUAGGAGCAGCUGCCAAACUGUCACGUGGACCAAUUCCCUAUUUAUAGAUCACCCGUCCCCUCGCGCCGGACAGUCCAAUGGUAGCCAGAGCUCGCCCGCAAAAGGGUGGAACCUGCUGCAAGACCGGCCAGACACAGACCAAUGGCAUUGAAGCAAGGGCGGGCUUGUUUCAUUGUGACGCGUAGAGGGGCGAGGCCAGGGCCCCGAGGCAGUUGCUCGGAGGGGGCGUGGCGAGCGGAGUGAGUAGGCAGUUGCGAGCAUGCGUCGUGUUGGGCGGUGCGGUUGCACGGCCGAGCGUCUCCGUCGGGGAGGUUAUUCGCCAAUAGGCGGCAGUUGCUCGGUAGCCGGGGGCGUGGCCAUGCAGAUAAGGCGCGGGUGGGCGGCCCAAUGGGCGGGCGCCUAUGCAGAUGAGACGGUGACAGCCCGGCCAGCGGGCGGGCAGGCUGCUGGGGCGGGGAGGUGGGACCGGGAGAGGGGUGGCCGCGGGGCCCGGCCGGGCUGGGGCGGGGGGCUGCAGCCAUGAUCCGGGCCUUCUCGUUCCCGGUGAGCCCUGAGCGGGGACGGCUGCGGGGCUGGCUGGAGGGUAGCCUGGCCGGGCUCUGCGAGUUACACUGGCUCCGGGAGAGGCAGGAGUACCGCGUGCAGCAGGCGCUGCGGCUGGCCCAGCCCGGAAUGGGGGGCGCCGAGGCCGAGGACGAGGAGGACGCUGAUGAGGAUGAAGAUGCGGCGGCGGCGCGCCGGGCCGCAGCAGCCCUGGAGGAGCAGCUGGAGGCCCUGCCUGGGCUCGUCUGGGACCUGGGCCAGCAGCUGGGAGACCUGAGCCUGGAGUCUGGGGGCCUGGAACAGGAGAGCGGGCGCAGCUCGGGCUUCUAUGAAGAUCCCAGCUCCACGGGAGGUCCAGAUUCACCACCCUCAACCUUCUGUGGGGACAGUGGCUUCUCUGGAUCCAGCUCCUAUGGUCGCCUAGGUCCCUCUGAGCCCCGGGGUAUCUAUGCCAGCGAGAGGCCCAAGUCCCUAGGAGACGCCAGUCCCAGCGCUCCGGAGAUGGUGGGCGCGCGGGCAGCAGUGCCGCGGUCCUUCUCAGCGCCCUACCCGACGGCAGGGGGGUCCGCCGGCCCGGAGGCCUGCUCCUCGGCGGAGCGGCGGGCCCGCGCCGGGCCCUUUCUGACGCCCAGCCCCCUGCACGCCGUGGCUAUGCGCAGCCCGCGACCCUGCAGCCGCCCUCCCACCGACUCGCCCGACGCGGGGGGCGCGGGGCGACCCCUGGACGGCUACAUCUCGGCGCUCCUGCGCAGGCGCCGCCGCCGGGGGGCGGGCCAGCCCCGGACCAGUCCCGGGGGCGCGGACGGCGGCCCGCGGCGCCAGAACAGCGUGCGUCAGCGGCCGCCCGACGCGUCUCCGCCCCCCGGCAGCGCGCGGCCCGCGCGGGAGCCUUCGGUGGAGCGCGUCGGGGGCCACCCCACCAGCCCUGCCCCCUUGAGCCGCGCCUGGGCGUCGUCGUGGGAGUCGGAGGCUGCACCCGAGCCGGCUGCGCCUCCCGCUGCCCCCUCGCCCCCCGACAGCCCGGCCGAGGGCCGCUUGGUGAAGGCGCAGUACAUCCCGGGCGCCCAGGCGGCCACCCGAGGCCUCCCCGGUCGCGCCGCCCGCCGCAAACCACCGCCACUGACCCGCGGCCGCAGCGUGGAGCAGUCACCGCCCCGGGAGCGUCCCCGGGCCGCCGGCCGCCGUGGACGCAUGACGGAGGCCUCGGGCCGCCGGGGCUCGCCCAGGGCCCGCAAGGCCUCGCGCUCUCAGUCCGAGACCAGCCUGCUGGGCCGCGCCUCCGCGGUCCCGUCCGGGCCCCCCAAGUACCCCACGGCGGAGCGGGAAGAGCCUCGGCCGCCACGGCCACGCCGCGGCCCAGCGCCCACGCUGGCGGCCCAGGCCGCAGGGUCCUGCCGUCGCUGGCGCUCCACUGCGGAGAUCGACGCUGCUGAUGGGCGCCGCGUGCGGCCCCGAGCCCCGGCGGCGCGUGUUCCCGGCUCCGGCCCGUCCCCGUCAGCUCCCCAGCGUCGUCUGCUCUACGGCUGCGCGGGCAGCGACUCAGAGUGCUCGGCCGGGCGCCUGGGGCCCCUGGGACGCCGGGGGCCUCCGGGAGGCGUCGGCGGGGGUUACGGGGAGAGCGAAUCGAGCGCCAGCGAGGGAGAGUCACCUGCCUUCAGCUCUGCCUCCAGCGACUCAGACGGCAGCGGUGGCCUCGUGUGGCCGCAGCAGCUGGUGGCGGCCACUGCGGCCUCCGGGCCCGGGGGCGGAGCAGGUGCAGGGGCGCCCGCCGGCCCCGCCAAAGUCUUCGUGAAGAUCAAGGCUUCCCACGCGCUCAAGAAAAAGAUACUGCGUUUCCGUUCGGGUUCUCUCAAGGUCAUGACUACAGUGUGAGUUUGGGGAUUUGCUUGGGCUCCCCCUUCAUGGCCUCUGCACCUCCACACUCUCAACCACUGACCCUUCCACAUCUACCUUCCAAAGACCAUCGUUUUCUCUGCUUCCAAAGACCCCCCCACUGUCCCCACUCCUAGCAGUCUUGGUUGAAAAGGCUCCCCCACCACUAGCGAGAGGAAUGGGGAGGAGCCCUGUUUGACCCAGUUCAGCUUCUAGCUUGGAAGUCCUUGGGCAAGACAGUUCCCCUUCUCUGGGCGUCACUUUUCUCAUCUGUACAGUAAGUGUCCAUGUAUGCAAAAGGGGUAAUUUGGUUUGAAUUUCCCCGUUUUAGUUUAGAAGCCUAGUCUGUUUGUUCCCCUUCACCACUCUCUCUCUCAUUCCUGAUGAGCCCUCUCAUUCCUCCUUUCCUUGCCCAGCUAUGGCCCCCUCUCAUUCACAAAGUGCCCCCUCCAUGUCCCUGGACCUUUAAGAUAUCCCCUUGGCACCCUGGUCAGAGACUCUGUGUCUGACUCAGGUGGUUCCUGCAGAGUGCCCUGGGAAGGGAAGGAGCACUGAUUUGGGGGUUUUGAGGGUCAAGUAGGGGUUGGCAACACCUGGAAAGAAGGACUCUUUCACCUCGAUUCCUGGACAAUUAUGGAGGAUUCGGAGGUAGAAGAGGGGAAGGAAGAUGGUUUCUAUCUCAUACCCCCCACUCCCUGUAAGAGGGAAUGGGGGAAGCCUGAUGACCCUCAGCUGUUCCAAUCUAGUAUUUUUUUUUCUUUUUUAAAAUUACUGUAUUUAUUAUGACGAUGGUGACUCCCCAGUGCAAAGGGGGGCCAGAUUCUGUGUGUUUCUCUAACCUCUUUGUAAAUAAAUGCACAGUGUUACAUAUA